AUGCAACUCACCAACACGCUCCUCCUCACCCUCAGCGCCGCGACCUUUUCCCUCGGCCUCGCCGUGCCCCAGCCCGGCGUCGCCGCCGCCUCGUCCGAAGCCGGCCCAGUGCUCGACGCGCGCUUCUCCUAUCCGUACGUCAAGCACCGGGUGCGCUACUGCGAGCACGCCAACGGCGGGGGCGCGUGCCAGAACCAGGACCUGGAGGCGAAGCGGUGCUACAACUUCCCGGGCUGGUGGGACAACCGGAUCAGCUCCGUCUACGUCAACCCGGGGUACAAGUGCUACCUGUACGACGGCGUGGCGUGCCAGGGGUUGCGCAAGGAGGAGGUCAAGAUGCCGGGCAUCACGGAUCUGAAGAGCAGGUUUCUGAACGACAGGGCGAGCUCGAUUUACUGUACUUUGUAG